AUGUGGGGAUCUGGACGAUGCUGGAGCUGCACAGUUCGACUGGUAGCAGAGUACAUUCGAGGACCAUGGAGAUCGAUACCUGCCGAUGCGCAUAGAUGUGGAACAUCGAUGGAACAGGGGAUGGAGAACGAGAAUGCAGGAGCCCGCAGAGUCCCUUCAGCAAGGAGAGCGGAGGAUGGACAAAGAAUACUGGGAGUCGUCGCAACACCACACUCUGUAGUAAUAGUGGCAUAUCCGAAGAUCACAGAAGGCCCUCCAUUGGUCAAACGAAAGCUGGGAUCGAAUCACUGGGACUUGAUACAUGAAGGCAUUCAAGGUCGAAAACGAGACGGUACGAUAUGUGCAACGGACCAAUCAUUAUGCCCACAAUCACUGGGUGGCGGAUGUUGUCCCACGGACCGGGUGUGCGGCUUGAGUAGUUGUUAUCCGAGCUCUGCUACCACUGCAUCGGCUUGUGGACAGGCUGGAUAUUAUGGCUGUGGUGUUGAAGAAGGAGGCGGCUGUUGCCCAACGAGUUAUAUCUGCGGAGUGGGUAAUUGUACGCCCUCCCCUGGAGUAUCGUACAGUCAAACUUGUGGAGCCAACUCAUACUUAUGCGCGGCUUCCUUUGGCUAUGGAUGUUGCAAAUCGGGGCGUAGUUGCUGGUACAAUAGUUGCUAUGCAACUUCCAGCGUAACCUUCACUGUCACCGAAACGGUGACAACAACGGAUGCCAACGCAAAUCCUUACACUAUAACGACCACGAUUACUACGGCGACGAAUCCUGAACUGCCAACAGACACUCCCCCAACUGAUGGAAUCAUUUCCCAGGUGACACCGCUAGACUCAGCUGUCCCAAAAUCGGCUGCCUCUGGUGGAUCGAGCAGUGGACUCACAAAACCAGAAAUCGGGGGUAUCAUCGGUGGUGCAAUCUUCAUUCUACUCGCUCUUCUCGUAGCCACUUUCCUUAUCCUCCACCGUCUCAGCAAAGCCAUAGAAGCCACUCAAAAGGCAAAUUCUGGCACCUCAUCCAGUGGCCAUCGAUCACGCCGUUCCGGUCAACGACCGAUAGACGUCGACGCUCUGUCCGUCGACCCUCUUAUGAUGACACCCUCAGAAGCAGGAGGCAGCAUCCGUCGGCCGUCCCAAUUUGCAAACAGCACCACCCAAAUCCACGAGAUGGAAACCAAUUCGCCCCCAGUAUUUAACUCUCCAUUUUCACCCCGCACACCACCCUACACCCACUACCCAAAAGGCUACAAGCCCGUGUCGACCACAUCCGAAUCAAGAUACUCAAGCUCAACACGACAUGGUUCCAUCGAACUGCCCACCCCUCCCUUGCAACACAACCCCAACACAGGGUAUUUCGACCUCCCCCCUCAAUCCGCGCGCAAUCGCGGCUCGGCAGAUUCUACACCGUCUGCAAUGACAAGAAGGCCAAGCCAUAGCCGCCAAUGGAGCAACUCGUCCGAUCAAAGCCAAGUCAGCCAAGCCUCCAACUCCUCCAACCCAACAGAGCUCGAUGCCGGCAAAGACGGCGUGAAGGCCACCCCGCGACGCUCAUCAGGCUCGUCCUUCACAAAAGCCCUCCACGAACUCGGCGUAGGAAUGACGCGAAUGGUCUCUUUCCGCCGACGCAGCGAUCCGCCCGUCCUAACCGGCGGUCCUGUACGAAACGAGAAGCCUGACUGGAUGACGAAUACGGCGUAUAAUGGAGCAGGGCAGGCGCUAGGCCAUAUUCCUGAGGCAGGGGAGAGCAGGAUUAAUCUUGAAGGGGAGGGAGGGAUAAGUAAUGCGCAGAUGAGGGAGGCUACGUUGAAGGACUCGCAGAGUCCGAUUGUGAAGGAGGGGACGAAGGUGUUUAGUCAGGAGAUUACUGGGGGUGAGGUCCCUGAGUUUUUGAUGGGGAAUGAACCUGGGCGUUGA